AUGAGUUUAAUGGAACUAUCUACCACUGCCUUUAGAAGUGUAAUUGGUGGACGAACUCUUGCUAGGAUGGCCAUAAGGACCAUCCCACGCAUGACACCAGUGGCUAGAAGGACUAUGGGAAUAGUAGAGGCUAACAAACAGCUAAAGUUUUCCCAAUACCGUGCAAUACAUAUUUCAAGAGUUUUAAAAGAUAAACAGGGUGAACUUGAUAAAGAUAAUAUUAAUAGGGGGGAAUCUCAGGAGAGUAAUUUACAAGGGCCAGUGCCCCAUUCUGUUUUGGCGGCAAAAGAACAAGAGGCGAACAAGGAUUUGUCUAAGGCGGAGGCUCAAGCAGCCUUCUAUAAGCUUCUAUUACAAUCUGGUUAUCCGCAGUACGUUGCCUCAAGAUUUGAAACACCUGGAAUAGCUUCAUCUCCUGAGUGCGUAUCGUUAUAUAUGGAAGCUUUACAGAAGAUUGGCAGACAUGCUGAUGCGGAAGCGGUUAGACAGUCAGCAAAUCUUCCCCAUCCGGCCGGAACUGCUGUUCAAGCCGGGGACCCGGUUGCCGGUGCAGCAUCUCAAGCACCACCUCAGAUGAUGGCGGGUAAUGGUCUUGCCUAUGGUACUCGUAGGGAACCUCUGUAUGUUGUUGUUACGGAAUCGACAUUUACAAUAAUCUCCAGAUGGUUAAAAUGGCUGAUUAUGUUGGGUGCAAUCACUUACGGUCUCUCCGAGGGAAUCAAGUACAUUGCAGAAAACACAACCCUCUUGAAAUCAGCUGAAACUGCAGAUAAAUCGGUGGACGUCGCAAAAACGAAUGUCAAGUUUGAGGAUGUUCGUGGUUGUGACGAAGCACGUGCGGAAUUGGAAGAAAUCGUGGACUUCUUGAAAGACCCUGCCAAGUAUGAGUCUUUGGGCGGUAAUUUACCCAAGGGUGUUUUGCUAACCGGUCCCCCUGGUACUGGUAAGACUUUACUUGCUAGGGCUACUGCAGGAGAAGCUGGCGUAGAUUUCUUUUUUAUGUCGGGUUCCGAAUUUGACGAGGUGUAUGUUGGUGUUGGUGCCAAACGUAUUCGUGAAUUGUUUGCUCAAGCGCGGGCACGUGCGCCGGCUAUCAUCUUUAUCGAUGAGUUAGAUGCUAUUGGAAGUAAGCGUAAUCCAAAGGAUCAGGCUUAUGCAAAACAAACCUUGAAUCAGUUAUUGGUUGAGUUAGAUGGCUUUUCACAGUCCAGCGGCAUUAUUAUUAUUGGUGCUACUAACUUUCCUGAAUCAUUGGACAAAGCUUUGACGAGACCAGGAAGAUUUGACAAGGUUGUCAACGUGGAACUACCUGAUGUUCGUGGACGUGCUGACAUCUUACAACAUCAUAUGAAGAAGGUGACAUUAGCUUCAGAUGUUGACCCAAGUAUCAUUGCUCGUGGUACACCCGGAUUGUCUGGUGCUGAAUUAAUGAAUUUGGUUAACCAAGCCGCUGUGUAUGCCUGUCAACAAAACGCAAUUGCUGUAGAUAUGACCCACUUUGAAUGGGCUAAAGAUAAAAUUUUAAUGGGUGCUGAAAGAAAAACUAUGGUUUUGACCGAAGCUGCGAGAAAAGCCACUGCGUAUCAUGAGGCUGGUCAUGCAAUCAUGGCUUUAUAUACCCCUGGUGCUGUUCCCUUAUACAAAGCCACUAUCCUUCCUAGGGGAAGGGCUCUUGGUAUCACUUUCCAGCUUCCAGAGAUGGAUAAAGUCGAUAUAACUAAAAAGGAGUGUUUAGCCCGUUUGGACGUUUGUAUGGGCGGUAAGAUCGCAGAGGAGCUAAUAUAUGGUAAAGAAAACACCACUAGUGGCUGCGGCUCUGACCUGCAAAAUGCAACUAGUACAGCAAGGGCAAUGGUAACCCAAUACGGUAUGAGUGAACAGGUCGGUCCAGUUAACUUAACUGAUAAGUGGGAAAGCUGGUCUGGUAAAAUCCGUGACAUUGCCGAUAAUGAAGUUGUGGAGCUAUUGAAGUCAUCGGAGUCCAGAUCUAGAGCCGUAUUAACCGAAAGGCUAAAUGAGCUUCACAGGCUGGCUCAAGGUCUAAUGGAGUACGAGACUUUAGACAGUAUGGAGAUCAAAAAGGUCUGCAAGGGCGAGCCCAUUAACAAGGCCAAAAUGGCUACUAAUACAGUUGUGGACGGACCAGAUAGUGACGACCGCAAGGGACUUGGGGAUAAGUCUAAAAUCCCCGUUUUGAUUAAUGCAUAA